AUGUGGAAUUCUGGCAGUUCUCGCUCUCCACCACCGCUCCAGCAUCCAAUCCCGACACAUCCUCACUACAUUCCAGAGCCACCGGAUACACCAGUCAGCAUAGCAGGCUCUGAACCUCAGGGUUACAUGCGCUUUUCAUCAGAAUCCUCGCGUCCACCACUCGACUCGUUUGCGCAACCAGCGCAGCUCCAAAAUCCAUACGGUCAGACGUCUGGAAUCCAGCAACACCCUGGAGGCGCUGGAACUGGAUACAGAGCAGCUAAUCAGAACCAAUACGGUGCUUAUCCGCAGCCUCCAAACGUCUACGGCGCAGCGCCAGGUUUUGGCGGAGUCCCCUGGGGUGUCAACGAUGCCACGGCGCAAAUUGGCAUGCAAUUGGGGCGAAAUGCAGUACAAGCCGGUCAGGAAUACGUCGAGAAAAACUUCGGGUCAUACAUGCUGCCCAAGCGGAUGCUCAAGUCACACUUCAACGUGUCCAAUUCAUACGUCCUCUUAAAGCUCAAACUAUUAUUAUUUCCGUGGAGACACAAGGGAUGGAAGAGGAGGGAGAUACAAGGGAGCGACCAGGACGCGUCGGGCUCAUCUGGCGCAGGUGUCAAGUAUGCUCCUCCUCGAGAAGAUGUCAAUUCUCCAGAUUUAUACAUUCCGACGAUGGCCCUCGUCACCUACAUUCUCCUCUCUGCACUCAGAGCGGGACUCGACUCCAAAUUUCAUCCGGAAGUUCUCGCCGCAAAGAUGAGCAAAGCAAUCACCAUCAUCGUUCUGGAAUGCGUGUUCAUCAAACUCGGCUGUUACACACUGGCGGUUGAAGGGAAAAGUCAGCUUCCAGAUAUCAUCGCGUAUGUUGGAUACAAAUUUGUCGCCUCGACCGUCCUCCUGGUCUUGAGUAUCAUUGGCUUCCGAGCGUCCCUCUACUGGGGCAUAUUCCUAUACCUCUUCUGCGCCAAUGGCUUCUUUUUGUUGCGGUCUCUGAGGGCGCUCGUCCUCCCAUCCAACUCUUCCGCCAGCGCGAGUCGGCAGCACGAUUCUCAGCGAAACUAUCGACUCAUGUUUCUUUUCAGCGUCGCAGCGCUGCAAGUACCUGGGAUGUGGUUCCUCAGUUGA